CACUAGGAAAGGGUACUCUAGCCGUCACUACUUUGGCAGAAAUUUCAAGAUAAUGACAUUGAUAUUCUUGAUAAGAGAUUCAACAUGGAAGUAUAAUUGACAAUAUUUGAUUAAGGAGGGUUAGCUGCCGGGACCUUUUUCUUUGAAUUCGAAGAACAACGAUAUUACUUUGCGCCCCGCUUUGCGCAUCCAGGAAAGAAAGAGGAAUAUCGAUACUAUAUCGACUUAGUGAGUCGUCUGCCUUUUUGUGAUUUUGCUCUCUCCAACACGUCUCCAACCGCGUCUGACGAGAAAUCUACGCGCAACACAACAAUGCAGUUAACACCAGCUAAUUAAGUAUCUCUUCUCACGUUCUUCCAACUAGCUGGCGUCUAGCUCAGUUCACUUCUCGUCGGUUCGAAAUCUGUAUGCGCAGCAUCACAACAUUUUACUGUUACGCGCAUCUUAAUCAUUUAAUUACUGCUUUUUGUGGUUGAUAGAAACUUUUGUUUCUCUAGUAUGCCGAGGUGGAUGUUGGCGUGAAACGUGCAAACACGAAUUCAAUUUUGUAUCAAACUAACCAACUCUGGGCGUUUGUUUUGCAAACACGGAAGAUCCAUUCAUUUUUUUAAAACUCUUCUUUUGAAUAAGGACUCAUUUAGUCGGAUCAGAAUGGUGACAAUUCAGGUGACUGACGCAGACUAUGGAAUAGAGCUGGCAGGAGAAGACGAGAUAGAACUCGAAGAAAAAUUAGAAAAUGAGACAAAACUGGACGACAAUAGUUUGGAUAAGAAAGAGCAAAGUGGUAGUAAUGAUGGGAAGAGUGAAGGAAGCGAUGAAGGAAGCGAUGAAACGAAGGAGAAGAAUUUGGAGUCGGGGUCCCAGACGAAUCAGGAUUGGAGGAAGAAUUUCAAAGUUAGGGUGCAGACGGGGGCCCCCAUGUUUAGGCAAGUUUCUCUCCGUUACGCUCGUACACAAAAGAAGGCCAAGCCGGAAGACAUGUCGGCUUUCACCCACGAGGAGCGGUUCAUGGCCGCGGUGAGGGACGGCGACGUCUCCUUCGUCGAAGACGCUCUCGACAAGCUCGCCACCCAGCCUCUCGACGUCAACUGCACGGACAGGAACGGGAGGACGGCGAUCGCUGUCGCCAUCACUCGGGGAAAUCUACUGAUCUUGAAAUUGCUGUUGAAAAGCAAUGUAGCCAUCGGGGAUUCGCUGCUCCGCGCUGUAGACACACAGUUCCUUGAAGCAGUGAAGCUUAUAUUGAAACAUUCAGAGUCUUGUGGGGAUAAUCAGAUGGAGAUAGUGAACUGUCGUUCUGAAACGGAUGAUUAUCACCCAGAAAUCACACCUAUCAUCCUUGCCUGCCACCACAACAACUUUGAGAUCAUCGAUAUCCUGUUGAAGUAUAAGGCCCUCGUACCUAGCCCAGACUCGAGCGACUCCGAACGGACGGCCAAACACACCCUGCAGCGGUCUGUCGGGACACUCAAUAUCUACCGGGCAUUAUCGAGUCAGUUCUACAUCUCAAAAGUCAGCGAUGAUCCUAUGGGCGAUGGUUUCUUGCUGUGUAAUCGUCUACGUGAGAUGAGUGGCUUGGAGUACGAGUUCCGAGCAGAGUACCUGGAGCUUGCCGACACCAUGGAGGAGUACGCUGCCGACCUCCUCGGGCAGGCCAGGGACUCCAAGGAGCUGAACAAGAUUAUGACCCAUGGCCCAAAGAAGAACAAGUCGGGAGAUGGUGACGAUGGAGCAAUACUUCAAAAGGUCUUUAUGGCCAUCGAUUACACGCAGAAAAAGUUUGUAGCACAUCCCCACUGCCAGCAGCUGCUCAUCAAACGCUUCUUCGGAUCGUUGGCUUACACACGGGAUUGGCCUCUAUGGAAACAGCUCCUGAUGAGUUUAGUCAUCAUGGUCGGCUAUCCUUUCAUCUCAAUCGUCUACAUCCUGGUACCUACGCAGAAGGUCAUAACCUUUGGAGACACACCAUUUGUCAAGUUCCUGAUGAGCGUCGGUUCCCGGUUAACCUUCCUUGUAUUUCUACUCAUCGCAACCUCGGCUUCUGGAACGACAUCCGACGAUCCGUUAAAACAAUGGACCCGGAUACCCGUACCGCUACUUUUCCUCAUUUUAGCUUGGCUAAUAGGUAUGACUUGGGCAGCAAUUAAGGACAUCUACCGCCAGGGGGUCAAGACUUUCGUCACGAACGGUCAGAAUGUUCUCGAGUUUUUUAUUCUGGCUCUCUUCUGGCCCGCCCUCAUACUGUACCUCAUGGCUUACCUGCAGACUCGAGAGCCGACCAUCGACAGCAUCAGCCGUCGCGACGUCGAUCUCGAUGAACUUCGGGAAUUCCUGCAGAACGAAACGGUUCCCGAACUCCGGGACUACAUUGACGAGGUCUUCCGUAAUGCCAGCUUCGAGAUCAGAGCCAGCCAGACCGCGAACCUUACUGAACUCAUACAGUCCGUGGUCAAGCUCACGUGUGAAAAUAAGACGGUCACCGAUAUCCCGAUGACAACUGCACCGGUGUUUUCCGGUCGAGUAGCUUUACCUUCCGACCAUCCGUCCGUCUUGGCCGAUGCCUUCUUCGCUAUCGCUACGGUUAUUGCCUUUCUCCGUCUCCUCAGCUUAACGGUUUCGUCUCAGCUUGUCGGGCCUCUCCAGAUCUCCCUUGGCGGAAUGCUCUUCGACAUCGUCAAGUUCAUCCUCGUCUUCAUCAUCGUCUGGUUCGCCUUCGCUCUCGGUCUCAACCAGAUCUAUCAGACGUACGAAGAGCACACCUACCAGGAGUGUAUGGCGGACCCCAACGCCGCCUGCGACUCGGGCGCUUUCUCUAGUGUUGGCUUGUCAAUGUUGACGCUCUUCUGGGCCCUGUUCGGACUGGAGUCGCUGAGCAUCAUCCAGCUGGAAAGCGGUAUCAAUCACUACUUCACCGAGGCCGUGGGAACCCUCCUCUUCGGGCUCUACCUCAUGUUUGCCGUGGUCGUCAUGCUUAACGCCCUCAUCGCCAUGAUGAGUAACACCUAUACCAGAGUCGAGGAGAACUCGGACACUGAAUGGAAGUAUGCAAGAGCACAGAUGUGGGUGAGCUUUCUACAACACGGCAACACCACGCCCCCACCGUUCAACGUUUUCCCUGCCAUUCGAGACUGGGCACUCAUGUGUAAAAACAUAGGCAGUUCGUGUUGCUUCAGCCGCAAAGAUGUCAAUGACAAUACCAAGAAGAGGCGGGACAAAGGUCAACAAGAAUAUACUGUGACGGUGAGGCAACUCGUAGAGAGGUACAUCUUAGAUCAGACGACGCUCGGCGCUGACUCGGAGGCGAACGUUACUCGUUCGGAUAUUAUGGCUAUCAGGAACGACAUCGCUGUCUUCAGAUACGAAACAUUCAAAUCUCUAAAGGCCUCCGAGGUGUCAUUCACCAACCUCAAAGGCACCCUGGGCAGCAUCCAGAACCAACUUGACAAGGUCGACAUCAUGAACACCAAGACAACCGAGCUUGACCAACACGUGCGCGAUGUCCGACGUCGCACCACCGAGAUUCAUGGAACGGUGGACGACAUCAUGGACAACCUGACGAACACGCUGAGCAAGGUACGUGGCUCCCGGGGAGCUCCGGCGAGAAGACAGAAGACAGGUGCGAGUGGCCUGAGGGUGACCGAAGAAGAUGAUGAAGGCGGUGCAGCAAGUGGGGCACCCUCUACGUCGUCGAGUGUUUUUCGAGAUGAUGACGCAGAUACCCAAACAUGAUUCUUUUGAGAAUGUUUAGCGUUAAACAAAAAAUCAUGGGCUUUGCACCAUGUUUCUUGAGGUAUAUACAGUCAUUGGCUAAAAUACAGAGUUGGAUUUAAAAUAUAUACGAGACAAGGUCAUAGAAGGCUACAAUUUUGCUGACUCGGGUGAUUGAGUUGAUCGAGUCCUAGAAGCCUGGACGAAGGAGUCACCAGGAAAAUGUUUCCCGAGCCCGAUGGAGGUAAUCAGUCCUUGUCAGGUGCUGCCACGAUUAGAGUCUAUUUCACUUUAGUGUAAAGUUUACAUUAUUUCUCAUCAUAAACUCGUCUGUCAGUACAGUAGUUUCUUUUUCUUACAUACCCAUGUACAAACCGAGCUAUCACGCAGGCACGUGGCAUUCUGUGUUAGGUCUUUUCUUAAAGUUACGGCUUUGUGAAAUUCUAGAUGAAAUCUGUAGUGUUAUCUUUGAUAAGGUUUGAAGGAAGAACAGUCUUGAUAAAGACCCUCAACUUAUGGAGAGAACGUUACAAUGAGUGUAAAUCGAGACGUUUAUUAAACCAGUCGGUAUGCCUGAAGUGCUAUUCUCCUAUUGAAUAUCAUUUGGUAGAAACCUAUUUUGUAGUAGGUGUCAUUACAUCUUAAAGGCUUACGUUUAUCCAUAUAACAAAUUAAGGUGUUACUCGCUUGUAAGCUCUUUCGAUUUCAGUAAAAUUUUCACGCAUUUUGCUUGCAAACCUAGCCAUUCAAUAAACCAUGCAUCGUCUCAUUUCAUAAACUGCAAUUCAGUUAUCUAGCUUACAUUUUUCCAUCUUUACUUUGUUUGUUCAUUCUUUAUAAUGUUAUUGUUUACACGGAGUAUUUAAAGGGGGUGGUUUAAUAAUUUGUAGAGAUGUACAAGUGAUUAUUAUUGUGAGUCUGAGUCAGUAAUUUAUAUGUAAGCUAUUUACUGAAUUCUUAAAGUUAAAGUUGACGAAUGCAAAUCCUAAGAUUAACACAACGUCCUUGCUUUUAAAUUGAGAAAUAGCGAGAAAUUUGCGCAUGACGGCUUUCCUGAGGAUCAGCUGUCUUGAAACACAUAACUGCUCUCCUAUUUUUUUGCCACUCUAUAUAGGGUUCAUUGUGGGUUUUUUAAAAUCACCAACUGGGUUUGUCUUAUCGUUAUCAUGUAAAUGCACUAAUAAACAAGAACUAUACUUAAUCGGGCCUCUUAGGGUUGAUAUUUCUAUACAAAUAUUUCGUACCUGGGGUAUAAUAUUUGCUUUGCCUUUAAUUUGUUUACUACGAAUCUAUAAAAUAUUCUUCAGAGUGAUGUAUAUGUAUGCUAUAGAUUAUUGUUGCUAUCAUUAUUAUUACCAUUAUUGGUUUUUAUUAUUGAAAAAUUAUAUUGAAUUUAAUUUUCAUAUACAUGAAUUAUCACUUUGUUAAUAAACUCUUGCACAUGUAUAACCUGUUACAUGAUAUCAUUUCAUUUGCCAUUCAAAGUAUGCACCAUUGCCCGUCUUUUUGUAUGCGAUUUACGUUAGAGUAAAUGAACAAGAUGCUUAUGCUAUCUUCUGUCAAAAGCAAGUUACCACAAUAACCCUUUCUUACUGAGAUUGUAAAUAAAGAAUAUGUUAAAUAAAAAUGGAUUUCCAAAAUAUCUUCAGAGUCAAAGUAGAAAAUUGUGUAACGGAAAAAAUAAAAUAAAAGAUGAAAAA